UGUAAGGCAGUCUAGGUCAAGUGUAGGAGAGACACUGCUGGCCCGAGCAAGCUAGUGGAUUGCUCUCUCAGCUUCAUGCUUCAUGGGGUCUGGAAGCUGGAUCCUGAUCUUUGCUACAUCUUCUUGGCACAAGAAAUUUGCCAGGUGGACAUCAAGCUCUUUCAGCGUCUUUUCUAAAAUGGAUUUCUUCUCUGCUGCUUGUCUGAGAAUUUUCCUAUGCAGAAGAGUAAAUACUAAUUAAAAUGUGCAGGAUGAAAAGAUGGAGCAGCCAGUGCUUGUACCACCAGGACCAGACAGCUUCCAAUACUUCACUAGAGAGUCUCUUGCAGCUAUUGAACAACGUAUUGCUGCAGAAAAAGCUAAGAAUUCCAAACAAGAUCAUAAAGACAAUGAUGAUGAAAAUGGGCCAAAGCCAAAUAGUGAUUUGGAGGCAGGAAAAACACUUCCGUUUAUAUAUGGCGACAUACCUCCAGGAAUGGUGUCGGAGCCCUUGGAAGACAUGGACCCAUAUUAUAUCAAUAAAAAAACCUUUAUAGUAUUGAAUAAAGGGAAGGCAAUCUUCCGAUUCAGUGCCACCUCUGCCCUGUACAUUUUAACUCCCUUCAAUCCUCUUAGAAAAAUAGCUAUUAAAAUUUUGGUACAUUCAUUAUUCAGCAUGCUUAUCAUGUGCACUAUUUUGACCAACUGUGUAUUUAUGACCAUGAGUAACCCUCCGGACUGGACAAAGAAUGUAGAGUAUACGUUCACUGGAAUAUACACGUUUGAGUCACUCAUAAAAAUCAUUGCAAGGGGCUUUUGCUUAGAAGAUUUUACUUUUCUUCGAGAUCCAUGGAACUGGCUCGAUUUCACUGUCAUUACCUUUGCAUAUGUGACAGAGUUUGUGGACCUGGGCAAUGUCUCAGCGUUGAGAACAUUCAGAGUUCUCCGAGCUUUGAAAACAAUAUCAGUCAUUCCAGGUUUGAAGACUAUCGUGGGAGCCCUAAUUCAGUCUGUGAAGAAGCUCUCAGAUGUUAUGAUCCUGACUGUGUUUUGUCUGAGUGUAUUUGCACUAAUAGGGCUGCAGCUGUUCAUGGGCAACUUGAGGAAUAAAUGCCUGCAGUGGCCUCCAGAAAAUUUUACUCUGGAAACAAAUAUUACUUCCCAGCUCAACAGCACCAUUGGUGAAAAUGGUACAUUGGUUAAUUCAACAGUGGCUCCAUUUGACUGGAAGGGGUACAUUGAGGAUGAAAGUCAUUUUUAUUUUCUGGAAGGGCAAAAUGAUGCUCUGCUUUGUGGAAAUAGCUCUGAUGCUGGGCAGUGCCCAGAAGGGUAUACAUGCGUGAAAGCUGGUAGAAACCCCAAUUAUGGCUACACAAGUUUUGACACCUUCAGCUGGGCUUUCUUGUCACUGUUUCGCCUGAUGACCCAAGACUUCUGGGAAAACCUUUAUCAACUGACUCUACGUGCUGCUGGGAAAACAUACAUGAUAUUUUUUGUUCUGGUGAUUUUUCUGGGCUCGUUCUAUCUGAUUAAUUUGAUUCUGGCUGUGGUUGCCAUGGCCUAUGAAGAGCAGAAUCAAGCAACCAUGGAAGAAGCAGAACAGAAAGAGGCAGAAUUUCAACAGAUGCUGGAACAACUGAAGAAGCAACAAGAAGCGGCUCAGGCAGCAGCAGUGGCAGCAGCAGCAGUAACAGCAUCUGCCGAGUCCAGGGAGCCCAGUGCUGCAGAAGGAGCUGGUGGGCUCUCAGAAAGUUCCUCAGAGGCAUCCAAAUUGAGCUCAAAGAGUGCAAAAGAGAGAAGAAAUAGACGGAAAAAAAGAAAACAGAAAGAACAGUCUGGAGGAGAGGAAAAAGAAGAAGAUGAAUUUCACAAGUCUGAAUCGGAAGACAGCAUAAGAAGGAAAGGUUUCCGAUUAUCUAUUGAAGGCAAUAGACUGACAUAUGAAAAGAAAUACUCUUCUCCACAUCAGUCUUUGCUGAGCAUUCGAGGCUCCCUGUUUUCUCCAAGGCGCAACAGCAGAACAAGUCUUUUCAGCUUCAGAGGUAGAGCAAAGGAUAUAGGAUCAGAAAAUGACUUUGCUGAUGAUGAGCACAGCACUUUUGAAGACAAUGAUAGCAGAAGAGAUUCUCUCUUUGUGCCGCGCAGACACGGUGAACGGCGCAACAGUAACAUUAGUCAGGCCAGUAGGUCAUCCAGGAUGCUGGCAGUGUUUCCAGUGAAUGGGAAGAUGCACAGCACUGUGGAUUGCAAUGGGGUGGUUUCCCUGGUUGGUGGACCAUCUGUUCCUACAUCGCCUGUUGGACAGCUUCUGCCAGAGGUGAUAAUAGAUAAACCAGCUACUGAUGACAAUGGCACCACUACAGAAACUGAAAUGAGGAAAAGAAUAUCAAGCUCUUUCCAUGUUUCUAUGGACUUUCUGGAAGAUCCAGCUUUAAGAGAAAGAGCAAUGAGCAUUGCUAGCAUCCUUACAAACACAGUGGAAGAACUUGAAGAAUCAAGGCAGAAAUGCCCACCAUGUUGGUAUAAAUUUGCAAAUAUUUUCUUGAUCUGGGACUGCAGUCCGCAUUGGUUAAAAGUAAAGCAUAUCGUCAACUUAGUGGUAAUGGAUCCAUUUGUUGACUUGGCGAUUACUAUUUGCAUUGUUUUAAAUACACUUUUUAUGGCCAUGGAGCAUUAUCCGAUGACUGAUGAAUUCAAUAAUGUACUUUCAGUUGGAAAUCUGGUCUUCACUGGAAUCUUCACAGCAGAAAUGUUUCUCAAGAUAAUUGCAAUGGAUCCUUACUAUUAUUUCCAGGAAGGCUGGAAUAUUUUUGAUGGUUUUAUUGUAACCCUUAGCUUGGUUGAACUUGGUCUUGCAGACGUGGAAGGACUCUCAGUUCUUCGAUCAUUCAGAUUGUUACGAGUUUUCAAAUUAGCAAAAUCUUGGCCAACACUAAAUAUGCUAAUAAAAAUUAUUGGUAACUCUGUGGGAGCUCUGGGAAAUUUGACCCUGGUGCUGGCCAUCAUUGUGUUCAUUUUUGCUGUGGUUGGGAUGCAGCUGUUUGGGAAAAACUACAAGGAAUGUGUCUGCAAAAUCGCAAGUGACUGUGUACUUCCACGCUGGCACAUGCAAGAUUUUUUUCACUCUUUUUUGAUUGUAUUUCGAGUAUUGUGUGGAGAAUGGAUAGAAACAAUGUGGGACUGCAUGGAGGUUGCUGGCCAAGCCAUGUGCCUUACUGUCUUCAUGAUGGUCAUGGUGAUUGGAAACCUAGUGGUACUGAACUUAUUUUUGGCCUUGCUAUUGAGCUCUUUUAGUGCAGACAACCUUGCUGUGACGGAUGAUGAUAAUGAAAUGAAUAAUCUCCAAAUUGCUGUUGCAAGAAUGCAGAAGGGCAUAGAUUACGUGAAAAGAAAAGCACGUGAAUUCAUCCAAAAAGCUUUUGUUAAAAAACAAAAAGCUUUAGAUGAAAUCAAACCACUUGAAGAUUUGAACAACAAAAAUAGUUGUAUUUCCAACCAUACAACUGUCGAACUAAGCAAGGACCAUGACUAUAUUAAAGAUGCAAAUGGAACAACUAGUGGCAUAGGCACAGGCAGCAGUGUGGAAAAAUACAUAAUUGAUGAAAGUGAUUAUAUGUCAUUCAUAAACAACCCAAGCCUGACUGUGACAGUGCCCAUUGCUGUGGGUGAAUCUGACUUUGAAAAUUUAAAUACAGAGGAAUUUAGUAGUGAAUCAGACCUGGAAGAAAGCAAAGAGAAGCUAAACAUGUCCAGUUCAUCUGAAGGUAGCACAGUUGACAUUGGACUCCCUGCAGAAGAGCAACCAGAAGCUGAACCUGAGGAAGCCAUGGAACCAGAGGCUUGCUUCACUGAAGGUUGUGUACGGCGUUUCAAGUGCUGUCAAGUAAGUGUAGAAGACGGGAGAGGAAAGCAGUGGUGGAACCUUAGAAAAACCUGCUUCAAGAUUGUUGAGCACAACUGGUUUGAGACUUUCAUUGUCUUUAUGAUUCUCCUCAGUAGUGGAGCUCUGGCUUUUGAAGAUAUAUAUAUUGAACAGCGUAAAACUAUCAAGACCAUGCUGGAAUAUGCUGAUAAGGUCUUCACUUACAUCUUCAUUCUUGAAAUGCUGCUGAAGUGGGUGGCCUAUGGCUAUCAAACAUACUUUACUAAUGCUUGGUGCUGGCUGGACUUCCUGAUCGUUGAUGUCUCUUUGGUUAGCUUAACAGCAAAUGCAUUGGGUUACUCUGAACUUGGUGCCAUUAAGUCCCUUAGGACACUAAGAGCUUUGAGACCUCUAAGAGCUUUGUCACGAUUUGAAGGCAUGAGGGUGGUUGUGAAUGCCCUUUUAGGAGCAAUUCCAUCCAUCAUGAACGUGCUUCGUUGUCUUAUAUUCUGGCUAAUUUUCAGCAUCAUGGGAGUAAAUCUGUUUGCUGGGAAGUUCUACUACUGUGUUAACACCACAACUGAUGAAAGGUUUGAAGUCGACCAAAUCAACAAUUUUAGUCAGUGCGAGGAACUCAUAAAAAACAAUCAAAGUGCCCGAUGGAAAAACGUGAAAGUAAACUUUGAUAAUGUAGGAUUUGGGUAUCUUUCUUUACUUCAAGUAGCUACAUUUAAAGGCUGGAUGGAUAUUAUGUAUGCAGCUAUUGACUCAAGAGAUGUAUUACAGCAACCCAAGUAUGAAGACAACCUGUACAUGUAUUUAUAUUUUGUCAUCUUUAUCAUCUUUGGGUUUUUCACGCUGAACCUGUUCAUUGGUGUCAUUAUUGAUAACUUCAAUCAGCAAAAAAAGAAGUUUGGAGGUCAAGACAUAUUUAUGACAGAAGAGCAGAAGAAAUACUACAAUGCAAUGAAAAAGUUGGGAUAAAAACCGCAAAAACCUAUACCAAGACCAGGGAACAAAUUCCAAGGCAUGGUCUUUGAUUUUGUGACACAACAAGCAUUUGACAUCAGCAUCAUGAUUCUUAUCUGUCUUAACAUGGUUACCAUGAUGGUAGAAACUGAUGACCAGAGUAAAGAAAUGGAAAAUAUUUUAUACUGGAUAAACCUGGUGUUCAUUGUCCUUUUCACUGGAGAAUGUGUCCUGAAAUUAAUUUCACUCCGACAUUAUUAUUUCACUAUAGGCUGGAACAUUUUUGAUUUUGUAGUUGUCAUUCUCUCAAUAGUAGGUAUGUUUUUAGCUGAGAUGAUUGAAAAGUAUUUUGUGUCCCCCACUUUGUUCCGAGUCAUCCGACUUGCCAGAAUAGGUCGAAUCCUGCGUCUCAUUAAAGGCGCUAAGGGAAUCCGCACUCUGCUCUUUGCUUUGAUGAUGUCUCUUCCUGCUUUGUUCAACAUUGGUCUGCUGCUGUUCCUGGUCAUGUUUAUCUAUGAUUUUGGCAUGUCCAACUUUGCCUAUGUUAAGAGGGAAGCUGGGAUUGAUGACAUGUUCAACUUUGAAACGUUUGGCAACAGCAUGAUCUGCCUAUUUCAAAUCACCACAUCUGCUGGCUGGGAUGGUUUGUUAGCCCCAAUUCUGAACAGUGGGGAGCCAGACUGUGACCCAAACAAAGCUCAUCCGGGGAGCUCUGUUAAAGGCGACUGCGGCAACCCUUCCGUUGGGAUUUUCUUCUUUGUCAGCUACAUCAUCAUAUCCUUGGUAGUGGUGAACAUGUACAUUGCUGUGAUUCUGGAGAACUUUGGUGUUGCCACUGAAGAAAGUGCUGAGCCCCUGAGCGAGGAUGACUUUGAGAUGUUCUAUGAAGUCUGGGAGAAGUUUGAUCCAGAUGCAACACAAUUUAUGUAAUUUGAGAAACUGUCUGAUUUUGCAGCAGCACUUGAUCCACCUCUUCACCUACCCAAACCAAACAAAGUCCAGCUUAUUGCAAUGGAUCUGCCCAUGGUAAGCGGUGACAGAAUUCACUGCCUUGACAUCUUGUUUGCUUUCACAAAGCGUGUCCUGGGGGAAAGUGGGGAAAUGGAUGCCCUCAGAAUACAAAUGGAAGACCGAUUUAUGGCAUCAAAUCCUUCAAAAGCUUCCUAUGAACCAAUUACAACAACAUUAAAAAGAAAACAAGAAGAAGUAUCUGCUGAUAUUCAGCGUGCUUACAGACGUCACCUUUUAAAACGAACAGUAAAACAAGCUUCCUUUAUCUAUAACAAAAACAAAAUGGAAGGAGGAGCUGGUCAGGGUAUGAAAGAUGAAAUCCUUAUUGACAAGUUAAAUGAAAACUCAUUUACAGAGAAAACUGAUAUAACCGCAUCAACGGCAGUUUGUCCACCUUCUUAUGAUCGUGUAACAAGGCUAGUCAAAGAAAAGCAUGAAAAGGAAGACAAGGAUGUUCAAAAAUAAAAAUAAAUAGCAAGCAAAAUUAUCUACGUACAAAACAGUUCAUAGCCUGUAAGGGUGAUGUAUUUGUGUCAACAGGAUUGCUGCUGGAGGUCUAUGCCAAACUGACAAUUUUUACAAAUAUACUGUACAUUAAAGGUCAGUGCCUAUUAAAAGACAGUGACCCCUUGUCAGUAACUGUGACUGUGACAUGGAGAAACAACGUUGACAGGAGGUUACUGUUAUCACUACCAGCUGACACUGCUGAAGAAGAGAGAAAAAAUGGCUACUCAGACUGUAGGGACCAGCUAAAGGGGUGCAAACCAAGUAGUUGUGUGUUUAGCAUAAAACAAUACAAUAACUAUAUCCACUGUUUGCAUUUCAACUGCCACAUAUGUCAGAUUUUUACAAAUCUGUGUUGGUGGAUUCAUCUUUUUUUUAUUCAUAUGUUGUUUAUUAUAUGUGACUAUUUUGUAAAUGGGGCUUCUGUUGGGGAAGGGGGUCAAGCACUACUUUACAGGUAUAAGAGCCAGGUGUUCUACUAUGCGGCUAAUACACACACAGAUAUGAUUUGCAUGAAGGCAUGCUGCACUUAUAGAUCAUGCAUGAAAAUAACAUUAAGUCACGAAGAACAACUGAUUUUAGCUCAGUGUUUCUGGAAAGGAAUAAUAAAUUCUGAGGUGCUUAAUUAAUGUAUUCAUGUUAUAUCACAACCAAACCAGUUUUGGUAUGCCUGUAAAGUCCCCUGUAACUCACAAGAACAGUAAAACCAGAUUUAUUUAUUUUAUUUAUUUUAUUUAUUUAUUUAUUUAU